CUCCCCCUCCCCCCCAAAGCUCAACGUGGGGCACGCGCGGGGGAAGCCGCGGUCGAGGUGCCACUCCUCGAGCCCACCGCCAGCUUCGAACACCGGGAGGGGAGGGGCAGCUGUUGACAGCCGACUGCGGCAGGAGUGCUCGCCACUGUCUUCCGAGGCCCGCGGGUAAACUCUCGGAGCUCCGCGUGGGCCUCUCGGAUCGGAGGGGGGCCCCUGCCCCCCGUGGCGCGCGGAGCUCGCCAGGGGCAGCGCCAGGGGCGCCGCCGCGGGCUCCAGCGCCGAUCCGAGAAGUCCGCGCGGACCUCCGAACGCCGAUGCCGAUGCUCAUGCCGCCUGCUCGUCCCCCAGCGCUGGGCCGCAGCGGCCGCUCGCUUACGCCGCAGCUUCCGGAGGCAGGCCAGCCGGGCUCCGCCUUCGACGUCGUCGUCGUGGGCGCGGGGCCCGCGGGGGUCGCGGCCGCGCUGGCGCUGCGGGGCCGGGACGUGGCCUGGGUGGAUCCGGAGUUCUCCGGCGGCCGGCUGGCUCGCUUGCGCAGCGUGCCGUGCAACACCAAGGUCGACCUGCUCGUCGGGCCCGCCUUCUUCGGCCACCCUCUGCUCCUGCCGGUGAUGGAGCAAGUGGAGCCUGCGCUGCAGGCGCUCGUGUCUCGCGCGCACCCGCUGCCCGGCUCGGUGGACCCGUCCGAGCGAGGGUUCACUUACUUGGGCGACUGCAAGGCUGUUUUUGACGCUGCCACCGCGGGGAUCCUUGCUGGGGGCACCGCUCCGAUCCAUGGCUGCGUGGAGAAGCUUACGCCGGACGGCGGGGGCUGGAGGGCGACGGUCACCGACGCAAGCGGGACUUCGAGCGAGGUGUGGGCCCGGUGUGUCGUGCUCGCCACUGGCUGCAGGCCGAAGGAUUCUGUCGAAGGGGCCUGCCUACCCUUGGAGGACGCAUUCGUCGUGGAGAAGCUGGCGUCCAGGCUGCGUGCGCGCGACAGAGUUGCGGUGAUCGGCAAUUCGCACUCUGCUGCGAUCGUGCUGUCGAACCUGCACGAACUGAAGCAGUCUCUGUCUUUGCACGUGGGGAACUUCGCACGCCGUCCAGUGCGUCUUGCAGAAUGGAUGCCCGACUUAGGGACUUAUCGGUACACCUCCACAGGGUUGAAGGGAUUCGGCGCGGUCUUCGGGCAAGAGCACAUGACGCAUGACUCAGCCUCUCUCCAAAUCUCUCCCGCGAGCGCUUUCGACGGCAGCGAGUGGGAUUGGACGAUUGACUGUACCGGUUAUGUGCCCAAUGUGCUUCCAGAGGUGCCAGGUGUGACACACUACCUCGAUCGCUGCGAGGCCUCUGGGCAGCUGGGCGUGGAACGAGGGAUGGCGGGGGUGUUCGGAGUGGGCGCCCCCUGGCCAGAGCCCCCAGGGCGCCUCUGGGGCACGGGACUGGAAGAUGCCGAAGGGUUCAAGUCCGAGGGGUCGUUUAUCGGGUUCCACCUGUUCUUCGCGAGGGCAGUGCUGGUUGCUGCCGAGAUUGAUCGCAUCCUUAGAGAGCGACCAUCUGCUGAGUCACAUUCUGCUUCAGAGCCGCAGGGAAAAGUUGUUUAGCCUAUGACCGUUGUAAUUGAAUCAUCAUGGGGAUGCGCACACAACGCUUUAUUACAUCCGCCCUUGCCUCGUUUUUGCCCUCUUCUUUCCCCUUCCUUCUCCACUCGUUUUUUUUCCUCCGUCUUCGUCCCUCUUCCUUUCCCUUAGUCGUGCCAGCAAUCUGCAGCACGUCGUCCAUGACAGGCGCUAUCAUGGGUAGCUUGGCCACUCCGAAUGGCCAGCACACUUUGUCGACUCAUCCUUGAAAUGGCAGCUGCUUGCGUGGUCGCUCGCGCGGGUCAAUUUAUUUGUCUACUGCUGCGAGCACCGACAAGCCAUCACGGCUUACACUAUCGUUAUUUUUCUGUGCUGCC